GCUCACGAUACGGGCGUUUAUCAGUGUAUCGCUGCCAAUCCAGUCGGCGAAGAUUUCGGAGAAUUCAAGCUGAUAAUAAGCAGUGAGCCGAUGCUUGUGAUCAGUCCGCACAACACUAGUGUUACUUUGGGUCGAGUCGUCACGUUACCAUGUGCUGCUGAGGGGGAGCCGACACCUCAGCUAAACUGGUUCAAAGACAAUCAGCCCGUGGUGAUGGAUUCUAGGCAUUCUUUGGUGCAAAAUGGAUCACUUCGCAUCGUUGCCGUUGACGAAGUUGACGAGGGCGUGUACCAGUGCCGAGCCACUUCGGCCCUUGGAGAGGCCGUUUCCCAGCCAGCCAAAGUGAGCAUCCAAGUGGACGGAGGCUGGUCCCAAUGGUCUGAGUGGGCGGCCUGCUCACGAAGCUGUGGACAUGGCGGACUCAGAUCGAGAGUAAUUAGGGUUUAUGCUCAAGUCCCCAAUGUGUUCUUCGUCUCACAUCUUUCAUUCUCCGGCCUCUCCCCUCACCCCCUCAAUUAUUUCCAACUGCGACUGGCUGUAGGACGCGCGAGUGUAGUAAUCCGACCCCUCGAAACGGAGGUCGCCAUUGCCCGGGUGAGGCGACGUCGACAUGGCCAUGUCUGCUCGCCUACUGCCCCGUCGACGGGGCCUGGGGCCCCUGGACGCCGUGGUCCGACUGCUCGGCCACUUGCGGAGCUGGGCUUCGGCAACGCCAAAGGCGCUGCGACAGUCCGCCCCCCUCGAAUGGAGGCCAGGUAA